UCAAGAUUUAAUUUCCUUAAUGAAAUAUGAAAAUUUAAUCUUCAAUAGAAUUGUAUAUUACAUUUUCCGACAUUGUGAUACAAGAAGUUCGGCCGCCAUGACAGUUUAGACUACUUUUUAAGUUUCAUAUAUCUUGUGUGUGAUACAAUAUAAAUUUAUAUAAUAUAAUGACAUAAUUAUUAACUUUCGUGAAAAUAUAUUAUAAAUAUAAAGAAAAAUAUGACUUUUCAAGUAUAUAAUUAUUCAAUAUUCUACAAUAAUCAAUGAUUUUAGCUCGAAAGAUUAAAUUCAUCGUUAGUGCAGCUCAAAAUCAGAUUAUAUAUAAUUUCAUCACAUUCGUAUAACUACGCUAUAUCACUGAAGAUGGCGCAAGGGUUCAACAAGCAGUUUUGCACCGGUAAAGAUUCAAUGAAAUACUUACGAAGAAGAUCGAAACGCGCUGAUACAAACAUUAAACAAGUCAAAUCUUUCGAUACGUCGAUGGUAAAAAGUAAAGAAGAUUUUAUGAAUAUAAUAGGACUCGGAAUGAAAGGGUCAUUGAAAAAAGAUAAUGUUAAAGAAAAUAAUAACGUGAUUGUUAUGAAGAAAAUUAAAAUAAGUCCAUUGACUAUGUUAAAUCUAAAAAAAUGCAGUGUAGUUAUUGUUGCUGAAAGGUGUUCAAUUUGUAAAUUACCAUUUAAAUGUAUAAGUGAUGUUGUGUUUCACAAAAUUAUGAGACACGGAAAUGAUCCUGUUGUAAACGAUAGUUUUUUAUCAAAUCUCUUUACGAAGAAACAGUGUUUCAACAUUCGAAGAAAAAGAUUGCAAAAUACUAACAACAACAAUAAUCUGUUUCGUCUUAAAUUAAGAAUUGGCGAAGAGAUUAUUUCAGAAAUUAGUAUGAAUCGUAAACACUUGAAAGUUCCAAAUUCUUCUUCCUUUUUGCCAAAAAUAAAGGCUGUUAAGAGUCAAAAAAAUGAUGAUUCUAUUACGUUUAAAAAUGAUUCUAAAAGUAAUAUCGUUGGUAUUGAUUCUUUUGACUCGACUAGGAAUCAUUAUAAGGACUAUGUUGUAGACGUUCAACCCUUCCAUCGUAUACAAACGUUCUAUGAUUCCCCAUUAAAUGAAGACUGUCGACAGAAUGAUUGUAGAAAUCGUUCAAAACUUUCUUUAGAUGUUAAAAAUAAGAAUUUAACAUUUAGUAAUAAUGAGACUGUAUUUUCCACGAAAUUAUCCUGUGUGCGUUCUUUAUCCGAAGAUAAUAUAAUAAAUAAUAAUAAUAAUUCUAAUAUAUCAAAUAAUAUCGCUACAUUUGAUAAAGAAAAUACUUUGAACAAAAUACAAUCAGUUAAAAGAGUUUGUAACGUUAAUCCAUCUUUAGAAGCUACUGAAAUGCAUUUAACUUCGUGUACAGAAAAUGAGAACAAAAAUAAGAAAGAUGAUAAUGAUGAUGAUGAAGAAAUACAGGAGAUACUUCGUAUUACGAGAAGAAGACGGACAAAUAAUAACAACGAGAAUAUCAGAUACAGGUUGGAUCCUCCUAUAAAUGAAGAUUCAUUGUUAUUUGAUCCAGAGGAUGAAUUAACUAUCAUGAGAGAGAAGAGAUACCAUACUAUGAUAUACUAUCACAAUUCUUUUCGUCAUUUGAUUCCAUAACAACUGAAUUAUUUGAGUCUGGCAGUAGUAUUGAACUUGGGUUCAGUAAAGGCGUCAGAAAUAGAACAAAUUUAGCUUUAAAAGUCUAUUAUCAUUUUUGUAUUAUAAAUUGAUGUAGCGU